AUGGACGAAACCCUCAAAUCCUCACCGCAGGCCUAUGCCAGCUUCAUUGCCGACAUCGCGGAGAGGGGCAUGAUUGAUUUUUCCAGGACAGCUACUUCAAUCAUCACGCCUUUCUUUGUCACCAAAAAGAGUGGUAAACUUCGAUUGGUUUUAGAUUGUCGUGCGAGCAACCUGAUGUUUGCCCCUCCUCCUGAUAUUGCUUUAGCUGCAGGGUAUACAUUUGGCCAGCUUGAAAUUCCUGAUGGUGAACGCCUUGACAUUGCUCAAAGUGAUGUUCGUGACUACUUUUCCUCCAUUGGCUUGCCUCCAGGACUUCGGCGAUACUUCGUGCUGCCUCCGGUGGACGUUGCGCUGUUGCCUGCCGGCACUUUGAAUUGUUCAGAGCUGGACGGUGGCAUUGUAUAUCCUAGAAUGCGAGUAGUGCCGAUGGGGUGGAGCUGGGCAAUGUGGAUCGCUCAACGCAUCCAUCAGCAUCAAGCGGCUUUGGCCAUUAACUGCAGUCCUGAACAGGUGUUGGUCGACGGGCGGCCACCUCCGUCUCUUGAGGCGGGCACUCCUGUUCUUAUACCAUAUGCCGACAACCUCAACGUUUGUGGCACAGACAUGGCGGCAGUGCAGGAUACAAAGGAUAGAGUGGUGAAGCGAUUGAGGGAGGUUGGUUUCAGGGUGCAUGAAGCGGAAGACGCUGCUCUGCAUGCCCAGGCGCUUGGCUUCAUCCUUGAUGGUGAGCGUGGGCAGGUACACCCAAUACCGGCUAGGCGUGAUCGGGUUCGUCUUGGUUUGCUCUGGUUAGCUAAUAGGCCAAAGGUCACUGGGAAAGCAAUUGAAAGGAUCAUUGGACAUUGCGUGCACUUGUUCAUGCUUCGCCGUGAAUUGCUCUCUAUUUUCAGAUCGGUCUAUGAUUUCAAGAUUGCAAACUAUGGCAAACCAUGCAAGCUGUGGAAAUCCGCGGCUGAUGAGUGUAGGAUUGCUGCAGCGCUCAUCCUAACUUGCUACGCUGAUCUUCGUAGACCUUGGUCCAGCAACAUCACAGUCAGUGACGCAUGCCUUUCGGGCACUGCAGUGGCUUCUCUUGAUGCUGAUAGAGGGGUGGCCCAGGCCAUAGGAGCUUGCCGUGAGAUGUGGAGAUUCAAAGCAAAAGAUCCGUUGAGUCGGGCCCGCGAUGCUGCGUUGAAGCUUGAUCCCUUUGUGCAUCAUGAAACAGUUAUGUCCAUGUCAAGUGAUGAGAAAGAUCCUUUCCAACUCAACCUUGAGUUUCAGCAUGUGCCGGUUGAAGUUGCGUGCAGUCCCAAUUGGAAAGUUCAGUUUUCGGCCAAGAUGACGAAGCAUGAGCACAUCACACUGUUAGAAGGUCGUGGCACAGUUCAGGCUAUUCGUCACAAAAUGCGUGCCGAAAACAACUUUGGCAAGAAGCAUUUGCAUCUUGGUGACAAUUUGGGAAUGGUUUUAGCCUUUGACAGGGGUAGGGCUAAGUCAGUUCCACUCCUGUUAUGCUGUCGCCGGGCGGCGGCCUUUGCCAUUGCUGGCGACUCGUCUCUCACUCAUCGAUGGCUGCCUUCCGAACAUAAUGCCGCGGAUGCCGCAUCGAGGAAGUGGGAGCCGGAAACACAAGAGCAGCCCUUCAGCAAAACCAAAGCCAAGGAAGUCAUCUCAGCCAUCUGCUACCCCAAAAGCAAAAGCAAAAGCUGCCUCAGCCAAACGACGUCCUUAGCUGGGACUCCCACAAAGCUGGCGCUCAGAAAAGCAGUGCAAGCCCCAGACGAGUCAUCACGUGCUGCAAAGAGACAGGCCGUGGUGGCGAUGGGGAAGCCUCGGAAGCGAGCACUGGACCACACUUUCCUGGAGACUGCGGCUAUAGCACCAAGAACAAGCGAAGAGUACCUUCACAAGUGGAACCUCUUCGAGUCCUUUUGCCGAACUCAGAAGUUGAGGCUUCGAAGUGCGAACGAGGUGGACUUCGCCUUGACGAUCUUUCUAAACCAAGCUUUCUUGGAAGGAUGGGACGUCAGCGAGGGAGUCAAGACGAUUGCCGCAGACACCGACAGAAGGCCUUCGAUGUCUGGCAAACAGGGCCUGCCAAGGGCCAGAAGGGCGUUGCAAGGUUGGAGAAACCUCGAUCCGGGGGUGACUCGACCUCCCUUGGCAUGGCCCCUCAUCGCCCUGAUUGCUCUCACCAUCCUGGAGAAUCACAAGCUGGUCGAAUGCAUGGUGAUCCUCUUCAUGUUCGCGACAUAUGUGAGGCCGGGGGAGGUCUUUCAGCUGAGAAGACAAGACCUGGUGAAGAGCGAGUCUCUGGGUCAAAGAUGGUCCAUCAACCUUCACCCCUCCGACGAUCUCCAGGAAUCCAAGGUGGAAGUCAGCAACGAAACGCUGCUUUUGGACACCCAGGAGAUUCCGUGGCUGGGACAAGUUCUCGAGUGCAUCACAGCAAUCUCGCAGGGGCCUCUUUUUCCAACAAGUUACACCGAAGUGCAGCAGGCUUGGGUGCAGGCGCUUCGUCAACUGGGGCUUGGGGAGAAGUUCGCAGUCCUGUACCAGCUGCGUCACUCAGGAGCAAGCUGGGAUCGGUUCAAAGAGUACCGGAGCCUCCUGGAAGUAAAGCAUCGAGGAAGAUGGGCUUCAGACAACAGCCUGAAACGUUACGUGCAGCGUGCGAUGGUGGCCCAGCAAUUCGAGAAACUCAGUGCUCCUCUCAAGCGCAAGGCGCAAGCCGCGCCACAAGUUCUGGGCAGCAUGGUCCUCGCAAGACGGGAUGACAAUCGUGGUCCUGGGCCUCUCCGGGACGACGGCAAGUUCUUGUUUGGACUUCCUGAUGUGGCCUUCUCAGACAAGAGAAAACUCCUUGAGGGCAACCGACUGCUCCAGUUCUCGCUUGAUGUCAUUGCCGCUUGCCAGGAGCUUCAAAUUCCAUG